AUGGACGCGUUUUUCACCAUUGUAAAUGUAUCUGCGACGUCUCUGUAUGUUUCGCUUCUCUCCAUCGCAUUCAACCCAACAGCUUGGAACAUCGUGGCUCGGAAUGAGUAUAGAAACAAGACAAUCACUCGCAUAUUUGGUGGUAAUGCUCGCUAUGGAUGUUACUUCUUAGCCAUCAUGAUAUUUUCAUUUGGGAUGCUUCGUGACCAUUUAUAUCAGCGCGCUUUGAGCGACCAACCUCGAGUUCCUAUGCUCCCUGCACCAUAUGACACCCUGGUACCAAUUGUUCUGUUCGCCAUCGGCCAGCUGUUUGUUGUCACUUCCACUUGGGCCCUCGGAAUAACUGGAACUUUCCUCGGGGACUACUUCGGUAUUUUGAUGGAUCACCGCGUGCAGGGUUUCCCGUUCAAUGUCCUGAGGGAUCCUAUGUAUGUUGGAAGUACGAUGUGCUUUAUUGCGACGGCCUUGUGGUACGAGCGGCCAGCCGGACUCCUCGUUACCAUGUACGUGUACGUGGUUUACCUACUUGCACUACGAUUUGAAGGACCAUUCACUGACAUGAUCUACUCCAAACGAGCCUCUGCAAAGAAGGCAUUAUGA